GCGUGGGCGGCCGCGCAUGUCACUCCAUUAGUCGCCGCCAUACCGCGAUAUGUACUGCUACAUCACCACAUUUACGAAAAAUCGACACAUACGAUACUCCGUGUUAACGUGCUACUGCUCGACGAUGUAGAAUCACGCACACCCCAUCAAAACAUAAGGUUUAGGUAUAUUAGUAAGUGAUAAUAAUGACAAGCAAUAUUCUAUUCACAUAUAAUGGAAUCACAAAAGUUUGUAUGUAGACAAUCAAAGCACUUAAAUAUAUUAGAAGUAUGGACAUUCAAAAGCAACAUCUAUGUCCGCGGUUGGUGGAUUAUUUAACCAUCGUUGGAGCUCGCCCGUACACAUCUGGAAAAGGAUUAGCUCCCGUUCAGGCUCCAGAACUGUUACGACGGUACCCACUAACUAACCACGAUGACUUCCCCUUGCCGUUGGACAUGGUGUAUUUCUGCCAGCCAGAAGGCUGCGUGUCGGUGGGGCCGCGGCGGGCGCCGGGACAUCUCGCUUCUAGAGACACUACCUCAUUUGUAUUUACCCUCACGGAUAAGGAUUCCGGAAAGACCCGGUACGGUAUUUGCGUGAACUUCUACCGCGCAGUAGAGCGUGCGCCGGCGCCGGGGCCUCGAGAGCGCUCUACAUUGCGCCGCGACUCUUGGCGCAAGUCCAUCGAAAAAAGCUCCGACUCUGCUUUUUCCAGUGACUAUAGGAGCAGCAAUGUGGCGCCUAGCGACUCCGAGCGCGAGUGCAGCGCGCCGCGCGUCGCCGCGCCCGACUGCGAGAGCGGCGGCGAGCGCUCGCACUCGCCCAGCCCGCGCGCCGCGCGCCGGCGACAGCGUGUGCGGAAUCACUCCUUAACGUCUUUAUGUCUUCUGUCACAUCAUCCUUUUUUCUCUACAUUCCGAGAGUGCCUAUUUAUUCUAAAGAAAUUAAUAGAUGCAUGCAACGAGUCUUCCAGUCCACGACGUGUCGGUGCGUCAAGACAAAUAUUUAGGGACACCGUGUGGUCGGUGCUGACGGGGCAGGCGUACGACAACACGCCGACCAUCGUGCUGCACGACGUGCGCGAGAUCGAGACGUGGAUCCUGCGGCUGCUGUCGGCGCCGGUGGCGGUGCCGGGCGCCACGCGCGUGGAGCUCGAGGUGCUGUCGCCGUCUGCGCACGCGCCGCUACUCUUCGCGCUGCCGGAUCACACCAGAUUCGCGCUCGUCGACUUCCCUCUGCACCUGCCUUUGGAACUGUUAGGUGUUGAUACAUGCUUGAAAGUUCUGACACUAAUUUUAUUGGAGAAUAAAGUGGUGGUACAAUCACGUGACUACAACGCGUUGUCGAUGUCCGUCAUGGCGCUGGUCGCGAUGCUGUACCCGCUGGAGUACAUGUUCCCCGCCAUACCCCUACUGCCCAGCUGUAUGAGUUGCGCAGAACAACUGCUGCUUGCGCCGACGCCAUUUCUUAUUGGGAUACCAGCUACUUUCCUAGUAUACAAAAAGAAUUUCAGACUGCCGGACGACAUUUGGCUUGUGGACUUAGAUUCCACCAAACUAAUAUCGCCCACAGGCAAUGAUCAGGAUCUGCCGCCUCUACCGGAACCUGAAGGUUCCGUGUUGAAAAACCAUUUAAAGCAGGCCAUGCAUCUAAUGGGCAGUGCUGGAACUGGUGCACUGAAUAGCUUGACAAACACUACCGCGGAGCAAGCCUCAGCCCUGUUAAUGCCUUCGAGGAGAGACAGUGUCGGUGGGGCAACACUUAAAGUGCAGCCGGCGUGGAGCCGCCCGGGCGCGCCGGCGUCGGCGCCGCACAGCACGCCCGAGAGCCGCCGCGUGUCGCUGGGCGCGGCGCCCGCCAGCGCGGGCCACACGCCGCAGCGACACUCCGUGGCCUCGCCGCACUCCCCGCACUCCCCGCACUCCCCGCACGCGCCGCACGCGCCGCACCCCGCGCAGCCCUUCAACCCGCUCAUCUACGGGAACGAUGUCGAUUCCGUUGACAUCGCUACGAGGGUGGCCAUGGUGCGAUUUUUCAACUCGCAAAAUAUAUUAGCAAAUUUUAUGGAACACACACGAACUCUACGCCUCUACCCAAGACCAGUGGUCGCGUUUCAAAUAAACAGCUUCUUAAGAUCUCGUCCAAGAACUACGACAUUUCUAAACAAAUUUGCUAGGACUCAGGCUGUGGAAUUCUUAGCAGAAUGGUCGUUGACGCCCUGCAAUGUAGCAUUUCUUAGAGUUCAGACGGGCGUUUUCGAUCCUCGACAAAUUGGAGAUAAGCCGAAAUGGUUCGCUGAUCAGUUGCAGCCCAUACGGUUCGCUGUUUGGGAUGACGGUAGUUCACUCAAUGGCGCUCUUAGGCAACUCCAACGACAAGAUAAUCAACCUACUGACGAAAGCGGUUCUGAUUCGGAUGCAGCUGAAAGUACGAGCUCUUCGUAUUCAUCGCUCAGCGACUUUGUAUCAGAAAUGGUUUCUUCCGAUUUAUCUCCAGGAGGUAGUGCUCAUCAGCACGUCAUCGGCGAAACUUAUAGCGCUGUUAUCCAAGUGCCCAUGACGUUAUCGUCGACAUUGGAUCCUAAAACCGUAUACAGCCCCCCAUCAUCGCUGAUGUUCGGCGAGGCGGAGGUCCAGCCCGGCCGCCAAGAGGGCGCCACGUCCACCUCCCCGUCUCCCUCCGGCUCCAGUUCGGACCAUAGCGAUCUCUCCGACGAAGAAGCGCAGGAAGACGUCGCGAAAGUCGACACCGUUGAUACACACCCAACCCCUGUCAAGAAAAGUGACACGGACAGCGGCAGUUUCGGUCGCGAGUCGGACUCGAACUCGACGACGACGCCGCAGACGGUGGUGAGCCGCCCGCGCGGCGCCGACAGCGCCAGCACCAGCGACUCCGACCGCGCGCUCACGCCCUCGCACCACUCCCCGCACCACUCCUCGCACCACUCCUCGCAACACUCCUCGCAACACGCCUCGCUUCCGCACCAGUCGCCGCAGGUCAAAAGCACGGGCAGCGGCGUGUCUCGACAGGCGUCACAAACUUCCCUUCUGGAACAGUUUGCUUACCAAGCUAAGGAGUUAGUAAGGGAGACGACACGACAAAGCAGUCAAGAAGGACUACUAGCUCACAUGGAUAAGCGGAAGAAAGAAAAAAGUAGCGACGAUGAAGAAAAGAAACUAUUUGCGCCUUUUGGUCAGUUGACUCUGCACGCCAAGAAAGCAGCGGAAGAAGCCUCAAAGAGCAUGCAAGAAGCUUCCAAGUCUGCAUUAGAAGCUAGUAAGACAGCGACUGCCGUCAGUAAAAAUACAUUUGAAGAUUUGACUUAUGUGGGGAAGUCUACAUUUGGCGACCUUACCAAGAGCGCAAAAGAGGUUGUCGCGAAAAAAGGAUUACUUAUAAAGGGUGAAAGCCAAGACUCGACUGGCAGUAACGCUGGCCGGCGAGACUCCACUGCGCUUCAGACUACCAACCUGCUAACAGCGACCCAUCGCGACUUCUUCUCGAAUAUCAGUUCAGAUCUGAAUGGUUUGGCUGCUUCCACAUCGAGUAUGUUCAGCGAUUUCUUCGGAUCUAAAGGCAAGCAGCCGGCGGGCGGGCGCGCGGCGGUGGGCGUGGCGUCGUUCGGGCCGUUCAGCGCGGGCGCGCGCGCGGGCGGCGGGCGCGGGCUGGUGGCGCGCUCGCCGCUCGUCCGCCACGCGCCGCCGCACCCGCCGCCGCCCGCGCACCACGCGCACGCGCCCGACGCCGACAACCAGGCCUUCCUCAACGUGUUGGUACAACACGUGCUUGAAGGGGAAGGCGUCGGCUGGUUGAAGCUGAACCGGCUCAAAAAGCUAAUGGAAGACGAGUCCUAUAGGAACAUGGUGCUUAGUAAACUAAACAGAAACUUCAACAGGAAGUCAACGCCUUGCGAUAAAGUUGACGACGUGUUUAUAAGUAAAGCGGUAUGGAAAGGAAUGCUGAAAGUUCUUCAAGCGGUCAUACAUGGCCUCGAGCAUACGUAUUCGAACUUCGGCCUUGGUGGGAUGGCGUCCGUGUUCCAACUGGCGGAGAUGGCGCACACGCACUACUGGAGCAAGGAGUUCGCUGGCCUGGAGCAUGGUGGCAUGGCCGGUUCGGCAUUGACGGAACAUUAUGCCCGCCAAGAUCUUGAGACGCCAUCUUCAUCGCCAUCAUCGCGUAAGAGUUCUCAAACAGAUGUGCCAAUUGUGAACUAUCCUGAGAUGGACUCCUCAGAGGCACAAAGCACCACCGAAAUGUUCAAAGAUAUGCUGAACCAAAAGAGAAAUCUGCUCUUUAGUAAGCUGACUUCGUUCGAUUCAGACGCGGCGCCGUCGUCCGACUGCUCCGCCGACGAGAGCGGCUCCAUAACCACCAACCGAGCCAAUCUCUUCGACCACCGCGCCUCCUUUAAGUCCAACUUAUCUGAUACUGACGUCAUGUUCCUCAAUGUGGGGCGCGGGCUUAGCGCUGCCAGUGGGAAGCCGCGUGCUUCGAGCGUGUUCUCUUCUAAGUCUUCAUUAAGUGGAUACCGACCUCCCGUCGGAGUGCCUGUCACUUCGCCAUUAACGUCACCGGAUACUGCAAGAACUUAUCUUUAUCAAGGACUUAUUGGUAAAGAGAGAUCAAAUUUAUGGGAUCAAAUGCAGUUCUGGGAGGAUGCUUUCUUAGAUGCUGUGAGCCAAGAGCGUGACAUGAUCGGUAUGGAUCAGGGUGCGAAUGAAAUGAUGGAACGAUACAAAUGUCUCAGUGACACUGAGAGGAAGCGGCUCGAACACGAGGAGGACCGAUUGCUGUCCACCGCACUGUACAAUUUAACCGCCGCGAUGGUACUCUUCGGUGUGGAUGCCGAUAUAAUACGGAACAAAGUUCGUCGCUUACUCGCCAAGAGUCACAUCGGCCUUAUAUACAGCCAGGAAGUGAACCAUCUUCUUGAUGUUGUACAUACACUGCGCGGCAACGAGACGGAGCUGAAGCCGCUGGGCUCGCGGCUGCUGCGGCGCGCCACGUUCACGGUGCACGAGCGCGACGCGGCGGGCGAGCUGCGCUUCAUGGAGGUGCGCGACGACGGGCUCGUGCUGCGCUCCACGCAAGGCACUAUCGUGGAAAGAUGGUGGUACGAGCGGCUGGUGAACAUGACUUACAGUCCGAAGAUACGGGUCUUGUGUCUGUGGAGGAAGAACGGCGGUCAAACACAACUACAUAAAUAUUACACUAAGAAGUGCAAAGCUCUGUACUACUGCAUUAAAGAGGCGAUGGAGAAGAGCGGCCGGCGGCAGGACGCGGCCGAGCUGGGAGGCGAGUUCCCCAUACAAGACUGCGCUACAGGCGAGGGUGGUCUUAUACAGGUGUGCAUGGAAGGCGUUGGUCUCCUUUUUCACCACAGCAAGGAUUUCGAGUUCUUCGUGCGGCUCGACCACAUACGGAAGUGCUUCACACAGAACGGCGGUAUCUUCGUUUUAGAAGAAUUCAAUCCAAAAACAAGACAAAUAAUUCAACGAAAGUACAAAUCAAUAAUGGCGGACCAAAUAUGUUACGCGGUCCUGUGCGUGUUCUCGUAUUUCGCGGCGGGACAGGAACAGAAGAAGGCGAUACUGGAGCAGGCGGCGCGCGUGCCGCCCGCGCCCCUCGCCCCCGCGCCCCUCCCGCCGCACCGCCCGCCGCACGCGCCCGCGCAGGCGGAAAAGAGUCCAUCGGAUGUCGGAAGCAACGCGAAAUCCACCAUGGCGGAGGCAAGUGAGCGUCGGGUGUCGCGUGAUUUGGCACCUGCUGCGGAGCCGUCGGUGCGGCCCGCAGCGGCGACGGCGGCGGGAAGUGCAGCGGUGCCGGCGGGCGCAGGGGCGGCGGCGAGGGGCGGCGCGGCGGCCGGCCUGCACCGCGCCGCGCCGCCCGCCGCCGCCGCCGCCGCCGCCGCCGCCCCGCACCCGCGAGUCACGCGGGCGCUCUCCACUGCCGCCCCUUCGCGACCCCCCGAUCCGCCUGUUAUUCCGCCGAGGACUGGAACAUCAGGUCAACGCCCCACUGGGCCACCACCCGCCCUGCCCCCUCGACAACUUUCAGCGGGCGCUGAUUUUAGUUCAUCGAGGGCGGCGGGCAGUACGCCGCGGCGCCAAGCGUCAUCCGGCGCUCCGUUCUCUGCCAACCCGUUCACUUCUCCGCGCCAUGCAGAGUUUGUCAUCCCACAACGGAACAAUAUUCGCCGCUCCUCUACGACCGACCGAAAUUGAUGUUUUUUAUAUCUCGCUUUAAAACGAUUUUAUUAUUUAUACCCAAAUGUAAUACAAAUGUGUCUAUUAAAACUUGUCACCUUAUUGGUCUUAUAGCAGCUUAUUUGCGCUAUGAAACCAGUGAGGUCCUGAGUUCGAACUUUUAAAUGGGGCAAAUUUUGUGUUCAUCGAUUCGAAAUAUACACAUUAAAUUCCUGAGAUUAGAAUGUGAGUCCAAUAUAGCGAUAAUCUUUCCCCUAUCACUUGUUGAAUGAAAAUAAGUUCGCCGAUUAGCGGGUGCACCACGUACACCUCGACCCAAAUCCUCGGGGAUAUAGUUAGAAGCUUAUGAUACGUUCAUUAAAUUAUUGGUGAUCGAUGUAAAUGCUUUAAAUGUCAAUACAUAUGGAUAGUUCCCCCGUGAUAGAUUUGAAUAAAAUACGAAAGUUUGGAAUUAAAUCGCCUUUUACGAGUUAUAUCCAAAGAAAGCAAGUACAUCGUACUACUGCCGUUUGCUGCUGUCAAAUAAUCAAACGAAGCGGCAGUUUUUUUUAUAUAGUUAUUACCUAUAACUUCAGCUACGAAAUGGUUAAUGUAGCCGUGAUCGAAACAAAAAGCAUAAGUAAGUGCCGACAAUAUAAAAUCAAGAAGUAGAUACACAGAUGUAUCGUAGAGUUGUUGACCAAUUCAAAAAUAGUGGCCAUAUUUAUUUUUUUAUAUUUAAACGUCUGGAUUCUGGAGCCAUAGGGAAUUCAUUAGGUACACAAUUUGAUUUUGUUUUAGUAUUUUAUACAUUAUUGUGUUUCAACCAUUUAGAAAUGGUUCCUUUAUCCGAACAUUUAGGUGUUCUAAAUUAAGCUACCAUUUAAAUUUCAAUUUUAAGUUUACGAAAUAUAAUGCUCCAAUAUUAGAGUUUACCAAGUAAUUAUUUCACGUCCUACAAAAUCGAAAUAGAAGCCUCGAUAUAAUUAUCUACUUUGAAUUGUUAAAUGAUGACUUCUCAAUCCAUGCGCACACCGAACGUGCCCUCCCUUUUAUUAGUCAUUGUGAUAUUUUAGAUUAUGUUAGUAAAAUAUAAUUACAAUAGGUAUUUUUUUAUUCCAUAAAUUAAAUUGCGUGAAGUGUUUAGCGCCUCGCUUCAAAUUAACGAAAUAAUCUAUUCAUUAUAAACAUGACUGUUGUCUGACGAAAUGAAUCAAGUAUAUAUUAUGUACAUUAUAAUGAUUUACAAAAAUAUAAACGUCAGGGUUACCUAAAUGUAGAAUUAAAAGAAAUAUUUUAUUGCAAUAUUAAAUUAGUUACCUACAA